AUGCCUAAAAGAUUUAUCAAAAACGUUAUUGUAGGAGGUCGGUCGGUUUCGAAGUUAGUCCUGGUUCCCGGUAUUCUUCCUCCCAAGCCCUCUCAGCCGUCAGCCGACCUCCCAUCCUCACAACCUGCCGCACGACCCGAAGCUGCAGCUGAAAAUGGUGGCGCUGCUGGUGGGAAUGGCGGCAUAGCAAAUGGGACUGGCGGCAGGAAGAACAGAAAGGAGGCAGCAGCAGCAGCAGCAGCAGCAGCAGCAGCAGCAGCAGCCGCAGCCGCAAAAGCUGCCGCCACAGAAGCAGCCGUGAGCAAGAAAAAGGAAGAAGAGGAGGAUGAUGAUGAUAUUUUUGCAGAUGUGGGGAAAGAUUACACAGUGACUGCUAAGCCUAGUGCACCUGGUGCUGCUGACACAGGUGCUGCUGCAGGAUCAGCAGGGGGUGUAGGGGCAACCGGAAUAUGGAGAUGGACGAUGAUGGCGAUGCCAUGCCGCCUCCUCCUCCCCCGCCUCUCCCACAUGACAUGUGAAGACAUUUUUUUCCGUUUCCUCUCCAUUCUGCCCCCUCUGGAGACCUUCAUUUUCUCUCUCCUCCCAUACGAUCGCAUCCUCCCCUCCUCCCCUCCUUCCCCCACUCCUCUCCUCCCCUCCUCCCCCCCUCCUUUCCUCCCCUCUCCUCUCCUCCCCUCCUCCCGUCCUCCCCUCCUCCUCUCCUCCACGCACUUCCUCCUUCCAGUGCCUUUGCCUCCCACGCUUACUGCCCCGCUCCUUCCGUCGGUCCAGCCUAUCCACCAGCAGGCGGCUCAUGGGAAGACUACCCACCCCCUCCCUUUUGUGGUGUUACCCGUUCACACUCUCAGCCGCCCCUCUCUUUACUUCCGUCUCUCUUCCCUCCCUCGCCCUCCCUUGAAUCAGGUCGGCCCAGCCUAUCCACCAGCAGACGGCUCAUGGGAAGACCACCCACCCCCUCCACUGUUGCCCACUUACACACUCAGUCUCCCUUCUCUCUCCCGCCCUCCAUUGAACCAGGUCGGCCCAGCCUACCCGCCAGCAGACGGCUCCUGGGAAGACUACCCACUGCCUCCUCCUCUUCCUCCUCCUCCCGGCGCCCCCACUGCCCUCACCCCCUGGCCCCCCUCUAUUCCCCCUCCAGCCCCACUCCCAUCCGCCUAUCCCUACCACCAACAGUACCCCCCUGCCCCUCCUCCUCCCCUUCCCCCCCAUUCUGCCCCACACUAUCCUGGCCUAGCCCCUCCUCCUCCUCCUCCUCCCGGUCAGCAUUACCCGUAUGGAGGAGGAGAGGGGGGCUACCCACCUCCUCCCCCUCUUCCCCCUGGAGUAUACCCACCUUCACAUCUUCCUCCUCCCCCUCCUCCUGCUUCCGCUGCAGCCCCCCCAUUUCCUUCUCCUCGUGCUCUCGGCCCUACUGAACCUGGUGCUACCGGCACUUACCUAACAGAAGAGGAGAAAGGCCGGGGUUUGGCGUCGGUGUUUAAGAGAUUCACUCCGGAGGAAGAGGAGGCGAGGAGGAGGGAGGGGAGGGGGAGGGCGGGGGAGGGGAGGGAGAAGGGGAAGGAUCCAAACGCGCUUGGGGGGUUGGGGGGAGGGGGUUAUGAUGAGUGUUAUCAACGGGGGGAUGGGGGGAACUUUGCAGGGGAGGUUGUGGAGAGUGAUGAGGAGGAGGGUGAUGAGCUUGCACGGAAGGUGGAAGAAGCAAGGCAGCUGGCUCAGGUACAGGACAUGUUUCAUGGGGACGAUGAUGAUGAUGAUGAGGAUGAGGAUGGUGCUGGUGCUUCUAAGGACAAGGAGCGGGACAGAGAGCCAGCAGAAAAGGGCAAGGCGGGUGGCAGAGGGGCAGGGCAGCAGGGGCGGGAGGGCGAGGGGAGGAAGGGGCGGAAGAAGGAGAAGGAUCGGCAGCAGAAGCUGAACAAUGAGCUGAAUCAGAUCAACAAGAUUAUUGAGAGGAAAAAAAGGGAGGCGGCGGGGGAGGUGGUGGAAGAGGAGGAAGAGUAUGGGGAUGAGGAUGGUGGGCCUUAUAAGAAGUCCCGAUAUUAG